GUGAAGAGGGAAUGAUUCUUCACAAUGGAGAUAAGUGGCUGGAUGUACGUCGUCGUCGUCAUCCUGGGAAUAAUCAUAGCAGUAACUCUGAUUGGCUGUCUGCUCACCAUCCUUGCCAUCUGGACACGCCCAGUCCUGAGGAAGCUGGUCAACGUCCCUCUGGUCAGCCUCAGCUGUGCGGACAUCAUCUCCUCUAUCUUUAGCGUCUCUCUGUUGAUCCACACAUAUCUGCAUCCCCAAUGGGAACCGCUAGGGGCGCUGUGCUGGCUCCAAGCUUACAUUACUAUAGUUUUAUGGGGGGUAUCAAGCUGUCACAUGGCAUGCAUCGCUCUUCAGCGGUACUUUAUAGUCUGCACUAACAGUACACUUCUGAAGUCCACACGUGCAUUGGCCAUUAUGCUCCUGAUUACAUGGUUAAUCCCCUUUGUUUCAUUUUUGCCUAUUCACAUUGUUGAAGAAGUAAAAUUGGAUCCAAAGUUGAAACGGUGUGGUAUGGGAGCAUCUACAAAUUUAUGGGGUAAGAUGGUCCCAGCUAUUCUUAAUUUCUUUGGCCCGUUCAUAGCCACUCUCAUCUCGUACGCGCUCAUUCGGUACAAUGUGAAGAAGAGUAACAAUCGUGUUGUUCAGGGCAGUAGUUCUCCAAACAAUGCCGCCGAAAGGCAGAUCACCAGAAUGAUGAUGACACUGUUUGUUGUGUACACAGUCUGCUGUGUGCCCUUGAUAAUGAUGGCCAUAUUUUCCAGCCGAGUCCCAUCAGAAGCUUUUACUGUUGGUCAGGUACUCAUGGCUCUGAACGGCGCUCUGAACCCGAUUAUAUACGGCCUUAUGAACAGAAAUAUCCGUCAGGGGUAUAAACAUAUCUGGGACAGUCUGCUUAACUCCAUAAACUGA